AUGGAGAAUACCCUUCCAGAUCAAACCACAACACCGACGGCCAAGAUGGAGCAAAAGGAGCUUCAUCAAAGUGCUCCCCGGCAUUUGAAAGAAGCAUUCAAGCUAUGUAAACAGACUACUUAUAGUGCCACAGAAGAUUCUCCUUCUAUCACUGGAAUGAUUGAUCUAGAAACCCUACCCAGAGAUGCGCGCAACAUAGCUUUCCAAGAUUUCAUGGGUGCUGCUCUUCUAAACGCCUCUCAAAAGAGAUGUUCGACCGGACCACUUGAUCAUGAGUUACCUUUGUCUAGAUCACAUCUAGAAGGCUCAUCGUAUGGUUCUGAAGUUAUACCUGGUCUCAUGGUUUUCCCAUCUCUCAUUCCCCAAGAGGUUCAGAAAGAGUUGAUCCGGCGUAUAGUACACCGCGAUCUUCUGGAUCCAAAGCACAUGACCAAUCUACAUGCCCAUUACGAUGUCAAAUUUCCACCUCGUGAAAUUGCUUCUGGGGAAUCAAUUGUUGCCAAGCCGAAGGAUCCAACAGUACACCCAAAAGCACUAAACUACUUGGAAGUCAUGACGAAAAAGUUACGCUGGAUCACUCUUGGGGGGCAAUAUGACUGGACAAACAAAGUAUAUCCGGAAGAGGAGCCACCAAAAUUUCCAAGUGAUAUUGCGAAUCUUGUUGAAGGACUUUUCCCUGAUAUGGAACCGCAAGCAGCCAUUGUCAAUUUUUAUUCUCCAAAAGACACUUUACAAUUACAUCGGGAUGGCGCAGAGAGUGUUGAUCGCGGCCUUGUUAGCAUCAGUCUUGGUUGUGAUUGCAUCUUCAUGAUCGCCUUGGACAAUCCCAAAUCUGAAAACGAUUAUUUAGUUCUUCGUCUCAGGUCUGGCGAUGUACUUUAUAUGCAGAAGGAUUCCCGAUUUGCUUGGCAUGGAGUUCCAAAGAUAAUUCCCGGCACGUGCCCAGAUUAUCUCGCAGACCUCGAAUUGGAUAUAAAAAAGUUCCCACAUUUCAUGACGGAUAAGAGAAUCAAUUUGAAUGUGCGACAAGUACGAGAGCGAAAGUCGGACCGUUGA